ACAUUCAGACAAGUGUAUGCAUAGAAAUUGUGCUCCAGUGAUGAAGGCCCUACUGUUCCUCCUCUUCCUCACCGUGAAGUCUUCUUGUGUCCUGGCGAAGACUCUGGAGUUCUUCAUCGCAGCAGUGGAAACUAAAUGGGACUAUGUGUUUAUUGACAACACAGAUCUUACGGCAAACCAGAGGACAUUUACAUCUGGUGUCCAGAAUUACAUCAAGGCUGUAUAUACGGAAUUCACUGAUUCCACCUUUACAACACCAAAGUCAAAACCUCCAUGGGCUGGUAUUCAGGGCCCGACCAUCAGAACAGUGGUGAAUGACAGAGUCGUUAUCCAUUUUAAAAACUUUGCCUCAAAGGCUUUCAGUAUUUCCCCCAUUGGCAUUCCGUACUGGAAACAAUCGGAAGGCGCUGGUUAUGAGGACUCUAGCUCAGUUCAGGAGAGGGCGGAUGAUUUGGUGCUUCCUGGUGGCUACUACAAGUACGUGUGGGACAUUUCCCCCAACUCUGGACCAACUACAUCAGACCCGGACUGUCUCACCUACAUGUACUCAUCACAGGUGGAUGUCGUCAGAGACUUCAACAGCGGACUCAUCGGGGCCCUCCUGAUCUGUAAUGCAGAUGCUCUGACUGAGGAGAGACAGCGGAAGGUUCCGGAGUUCAUUCUGCUAUUUGCUGUCUUUGAUGAAAAUAAGAGCUGGUAUCGGGUGGUGGGCCAAUCAGACAAACCAAAGAAAACAUUCAGCCCGACCCAGUACCACACCAUUAAUGGAUACAUCAACUCAACCCUACCAGGUUUAACCGUGUGUCAAAAGAGCUCUGUGGUGUCAUGGCAUCUUAUUGGUCUCGGCUCCACCCCAGAGAUCCACAGUAUCCAGUUUGAAGGUCACACCCUAAAGAUAAUGGACCAUUUAAGGGUCACUGUGGAGAUGACCCCAAUGACCUUUACUACAGCCCUGAUGAAGCCGUCUGCUGCUGGAAGAUUUCUGAUCUCUUGUAAGAUCCACUCGCAUCAGACAGCUGGUAUGAAUGCAUUCUUCACUGUUGAAAACUGCCAUGAACCUGUGGUGGCCCCAAGCCCUGAAAAACGAACCGUCAAAGGUUCUGAUGGCGAUGAGGAGGAUAAUGAAGACAACAUGUUCUCUAGCAUCAUCCUCAUGCCAGGAGGUCCUGUAUCAGUGCUCCGCUCCAGCGCCAAGGGGCGACCCAAAAUCUGGAUCCACUACAUCAGUGCAGAGGAGAUGGACUGGGACUACUCAUCUCAGAUCGGUGACCGGCCUUCAUCAUCAUCUGCAUCAUCUUCUGAGUGGUUCAGGAAAGGUCCUCAGCGUUUGGGUGGGGUGUAUAAGAAGGUGGCAUUUGUGGAGUACACAGACAAGACCUUCACUGAGAAGAAGACCACCGGCCGAAUGCUGAUUGGCCCAGAGCUAAGAGGGGAGGUGGGAGAUAAGUUUCAGAUCGUUUUUAAAAAUAAGGCCAGUCGACCAUUUAACAUUUAUCCAAAUGGUCUGACCAGUGUUCAGCCUGUGAAGAAAACAGAAAAAGACAAGCAGGUAGAUCUCCGUUCUUUGGCCGUUCCUCCAGGGGAGAUCAUGAUGUACAUCUGGAAGCUCACAGCAGAAGAUGGACCCACUGAAUCUGACCCAAGAUGCCUUACUCGCUUAUACCAGAGUAUGGUGGAUCCCGUUCGGGAUGUGGCGUCUGGACUUGUGGGACCCCUGAUUGUCUGCAAAUACCAGUCUCUGGACAAGAGAGGCAAAGUGUUGACUUCAGAUAAAGAGAAGAAACUGCUGUUUACAGUGUUUGAUGAAAACAGAAGCUGGUACUUCGAAGAGAACAUUAAAAGAAACAGUGAAGAUCCAGCCAAGAUUGACCGCAACAACCCAGAGUUCUACAAUUCCAAUGUCAUGCACACUGUUAACGGCUUCAUGUUCAACCAGCUACAGUUUAGGAUGUGUGUUGGGGAUGUCAUACUCUGGCAUGUCGCCAGCAUAGGCAUUCAAAGCAACUUCCUGUCAGUGUACUUCACAGGCAACACAUUUGAGAGGGAUAAAAAAUACGGCACUGUCCUGACUCUCUUCCCAAUGACCGGAGACACAGUGACCACAGAAGUGGAGAUGCUAGGUGAAUGGGAGGUCAGCCCAUUUGACCCCUCCCUGAAAAAGCGAGGCAUGAGUGUUCGCUACACUGUUGUUAACUGUGAAAGAGUUCACCCUAUAGUGGACAGUGACGAUUACGAUUAUGAUUUCAUGGAUUUAAUCGAUAAGAACUUCCCAAUUCCACGAGGCACAAAGGAAAAGAACCCCGCUAUAGCAAUUCGUGUUUGCAGGAACAGGACGUUGACGGAUUCUGCAAUUGGACAGGUCAACAUCAGCAGUACCUCAGACAAUGAGAGACAAAACAGAACCCCUGUGUGUGAGAUAAGAUAUAUUCUGGUGAAGCGGGAAAAUGAUCUGGAUGCAUUAUCACAGGGCGGUAUUCCACAGGAUAUUUUGGAUCAACUGGACAGGGAAAUGGACGGAAAGUCUUUGGAACGUCAGAGAAGGUCCCAAUUCAUCUCUGGGGCUUACAGAAGAAAGCCUGAGUUACUUAAUCUAAUUGUUCCUGAGACUGACCUUACAAGUAAAAUAAGUACCACGGAACACAUGGAAACAGACAAAAUAACAGACAAACGUCGAAAAUUAAACAUUACAAACAUCACGACAGACAAAGCAGAAAGAGACCAAGAGUCGGAUGCAGAUAAACGCAAUAAAACAAAUCCAAUCUCUAACACAACAAAUGACCUAUUUAGGAAAGUCUUUCUGAGAGAUAAAAACAUGUCAAAUAACGUCAGUCAACUUUUACGUGAUUCUCGUGAUGGGUCAGGGGUCAUAACAGAGAAGCAGACUGAUUUGAAAGUAAGAAAUCGAAGGGAGACGUUUAGUGUCACCAAGGAAAACAAAGUGGAUGUGAAAGUUACUAAAGUACUUAGCAACAAUGAAGUUCUAGUAGACUCUGGAAGUUCUGAUGUAAAGAUGGAAAAGAUGGAAGCAAAUUUGAAUCCACUUAGCUAUAAUUAUAAAGAUCCAAAGAAGUUCCGACCAGACUUUGAAGUUAUGGAUCCCAUUUCCAGUUCCUCAUAUAAUCAGACACAUGGCAAAUCAUUGACAAAUGACUAUGAUGAUUAUGGUAAUGAGAGAAGUGUUGUCGGUAUGGAUCACCUUUCUGAUGACAAUUUCGACAUCGGAUCCACAAGGUCACAGUUCCGAAGUUAUUACAUCGCAGCAGAGGAAAUCAUGUGGGAUUAUGGGAUUACUAAACCAGCUCAGCUCAUUAAACCAGGGGAGAUGCGCAGAGGAAUGAGGAAAUUUUUCCCAACCUAUAGGAAAGUGGUUUUCAAAGCCUAUCAGGACAGAGACUUCAAGUAUCCAAUCAAACGCGGGGAACUGGACGAGUAUCUCGGCAUUAUGGGUCCUGUGUUGAAGGCAGAGAUUAACGAUGUCCUUACUGUGGUUUUCAAAAACCUGGCAUCCAGACCAUACUCCUUCCACUUGCAUGGGGUGUAUGAUAAGACCCAGGGCAGUUUUGCUCCUGGAAUGGGCCCAGAAAGCUACAAGGGUGAGGUACCAGGUGAUCCAGUCCCACCGGGGGAGGAGAGAGUGUAUAACUGGAGAAUUUCCAAACGACAAGGUCCUUCAGCAUCAGAGUUUGACUGUAAGGCUGGAGCCUACUACUCCAAUGUCAACAUGGAGAAGGACACAAACUCUGGUCUCAUCGGUCCUAUGCUGAUAUGUCGUCCCGGUACCCUCCAUCCACAUGUGUUACUUCAGCCUGAAAUGAUGGAUUUCUUCCUUCUCUUCACCACCUUUGAUGAAAGGAAGAGUUGGUACCUGGACUACAACAUCAGGAAGUUUUGCACCCCACCCUGCCAAGUCAAAGUAGAUGAUCCGUGGUUUGAGAUUAGCAACAAGUUUGCUGCGAUUAACGGCUAUGUGGCAGAGACUCUUCCUGGCCUGAUGGUUAAACAGUAUCAGACGGCUCGCUGGCAUCUCCUCAACGUUGGGAGCCAAGGCGAGUUUCAUGCUGUACACUUCCACGGACUGCCGUUCAGUGUCGGAAAAGACCAGGAACACCGCAUGGGAAUCUUCAAUCUCUAUCCUGGUGUGUUUGUGACCGUGGAGAUAAGGCCAGCCAUAGUGGGCACCUGGUUAAUAGAGUGCACUAUAGGAGAACAUCAGCUGGCUGGCAUGAGAGCCAAACUAUUGGUCUAUGACCCUCGUUGUGUUCAGCCGUUAGGAAUGCAAUCAGGAUGGAUUAGCAAUAAUCAAAUAACAGCUUCUGAUCAAUAUGGGGACUGGAAGCCCAGUUUAGCUCGACUGGAGUUAUCGGGAUCUGUUAAUGCCUGGAUGGGCGUCAGCACAAACUCUUGGCUCCAGGUGGAUCUCUUAAAGCCCAUGAUCCUUCAUGGGAUUCAGACUCAAGGUGCGAAGACCUCAAUGGGUUUGAGUGAGUCCUUCACUGUAUUGUACAGCAUCAGUUACAGCAAAGACAAGGAGAACUGGACCACCUACAGAGGAAACAGCACCAAAUCGAAUUACACCUUCAAUGGAAACAUGGACGCUACCAAAAUUAAAGAAAAUUUGUUUUCUCCGCCCAUUGUGGGACGUUAUAUCCGGAUUCACCCUCUGACCUUUCCAAAACAGCCCACCCUGAGGAUCGAACUGCUGGGGUGUGACCUAAAUAGUUGUUCUUUGCCAUUGGGAAUGCAGCGCGGGUGGAUUCCCAGCAGUAGUAUCAGCGCAUCAUCGUUCCUGAACAAGUGGUUACUCUCGUGGAGUCCAGACCUUGCCCGACUCCACCAGAAAGGGCGUGCAAAUGCAUGGAGGCCCAAGACCAGUAACCCUUAUGAGUGGUUACAGGUGGACUUUAUUUCUAUGAAGCGAGUGACAGGUGUAGUGACGCAGGGCGCUCGAUCUGUACUCAAACAGAUAAUGGUCACUGAAUUUACCGUCUCCGUAAGCAACAAUGGCCACAUAUGGACCAGUGUGAAGGAAAAAGACACAGAUCAAGAGAAGAUCUUUGAAGGAAACGGAGAACCUGACGAGGAAGUGCUGAACGAGUUUGAUCCUCCCCUGUUCACCCGCUUUAUACGGAUUCACCCAAAAGGCUGGGUCAAUGACAUCGCCCUGCGGGUGGAGUUUUUGGGGUGUGAUACUCAACCAACAGUUUGAGAGAGAAAUAGAGAGUUAUUGUACGUAAACAAAGAGAGAGAGAUACAGUACGUUUUUAACCCUAGCAUUAAGUCCUUCUACCUAAUUGUACAACAUAUUUAAAAACAACACAGCUUUUUCUGAACCCUCGUGAGCUGCCUUGCUACUCUCUACUUUGGCAACUACCUUCUAAGUCAGCAUCCUAACCAAAAUGAAACUUCAUAAGUAACUAAAUUCAUUAGCCACCCAUUAAUUCCAAUAGAGUCUGACGCUAGCAUAAUGCUAAGCUAAUGACUAACGGAUACUCUAAUAAGCACUAAAAAACCACACAAAUAUUGGGUGAAAUACUCCAUUUUCAAUUGAAUUGAAACUAUUUUUAGUCUAUAAUUUCAAUAAUCGUCACUUCCUACAACAUUUUGCCUUCCCCAUAAAGGACACAUGCGAUGCUGUCUUAGCAUUAGGCUAAAAUGAGAUAUCUCUUAAAGCAGCAUUGUUUUGUUGCAAGAAGUUUGCACCCAUGAUGCCUAGAAAUGCUGUCUUGGUAGGCGGCUCGCUUGGGUUUGGAACAGAGCCCAUGUAAGCACUAUUUAACAAGUCGUCAAGUAAUUUGUAUUUUUAUAGCGCUUUUCACAACACACAUCGUUUCAAAAGAGCUUUACAGUAAAUUAUGCUGUAACAGAAAAAAACACUACAUAGGCUUUUGUUAUGAUCUGUAAAACAUGAUGAUAUGAUUAUUUAAGUGUUGCUUAAAAACCUGUUAUGAACGGUUGUUAGUUAUUAGAGAUAUAACUUGUAAGAUAUUAGUGUUAUUCUGAUCAAUUUGCUGCUCAUUUAAUUAAACUACACAAACUGUUUGCUUUUGAGACAUUAUUUUGCUGAAGGAAUACCACCAAUAUCUAUUUUUCUAAUAAAUGUACACUUGCAUAUCAGUAGAGGUUUUCCACCUCACUGAAGAUGGUUUUUAUGGAAAUUAGCCGUUUGUAUACUGGUCUGCAAUAACUACUGAAUCAGUCAUAUGCUGUAUUUUUGUAUUUUGCACUGUGAAACAGUUUUACUAUUUACUAUGAUGAGACUAUUUUCUACAGUAUUUAAAGUGUUCAAUUGUGUCAAUAAAAAAGACCAUAAAACUCAA